UGAAACCAACGAUUCUCUGCAAGAUAUCGACAAUUCUGGAAGUUGCAGAGAAGCCAAGGAAAAUAGAUGCCAAAGCAACCGGAGAAAAAGAAACACAACUAUACGUAAGGGAACCUUUAAUGGUCUGAGGAACGAGUUUUUAACGAGUCGACUCGCCUCGCCUCGGGUCAUGGGAUGCUGCCAAUCGUCUUUCCUCAAACCGUUGUCAUUGCGUGACAAGAAAACCUCAGGGGAUGUUUCCGCCCGUCGUGGCGGCAAACGCAGUAAUAGGAACAACCGUCACCGCGUCAGUAAUGAAGGCGUGGGUAACGGCAGGGGAUGGCAUUUCUCUACCGUUCCGGACUUCUCCGAGUUCUCAGCAGCGGACCUUCGUGAAGCCACGAACAAUUUCAGCGUAAACGCUGUCGUUUCGGUUUGUUCCGACCAAACACCCAAUGUUGUUUACCAAGGCUGUCUUAAAGACGACAUGCGUCAAAUCGCCGUUAAAAAAUUCUCCAAAUCAACAUGGCCCGACCCCAAACAAUUCGCCGCAGAAGCUAGGGAUAUCGGGAAAAUGAGGCAUACGAGACUGGUGAAUUUGAUAGGUUAUUGUUGUGAUGGAGAUGAAAGGCUGCUCGUUUCAGAGUACAUGCCUAAUGAUACCCUUACCAAGCAUCUGUUUCAUUGGGAGAAACAAACCAUGGAGUGGGCUAUGCGGUUGAGAGUUGCACUUUAUGUAGCUGAAGCUUUGGAAUACUGUAGGCAGAGUGGACGCACAUUGUACCAUGAUCUCAAUGCUUACCGGGUUCUCUUUGAUGAGAAUGGGAAUCCUCGGCUUUCAUGUUUUGGGUGGAUGAAAGAUAGCAAAGAUGGCAAAAACUUCAGCACGAAUCUCGCUUAUACACCGCCUGAAUAUCUCAGAGAUGGUACGUUAAUUCCAGAGAGUGUUGUCUUCAGCUUUGGGACGUUUCUUUUGGAUCUUGUUAGUGGUAAACAUGUCCCUCCAAGUCAUGCGGUUGACACAAUUCAAAAGCAAAACUUACCUGUCUUCAUAGAUUCACACUUGGAAGGAAACUAUCCAGACGAAGAAGCAGCCACUGUGUUUGAAUUAGCUUCAAAAUGCCUAGAGAAUAACCCAAAGGACAGGCCGGAGAUUAAAGAUAUCAUCUCAGUUCUUGCUACACUUCAACACAAAGUAAAUAUUCCCUCCUAUGAAAUGCUUGGGAUUUCGAAACUCGAAAACCCUGAAAAAGAACCAGAGAGUUCUCAACUUUACGAUGCUUCUCACCGUAUGGACCUCACAGCUCUCCAUCAGAUUCUUGAGUUAGCAGAUUACAAUGACGACGUUACUUGUGAGCUCUCUUUUCAGCAAUGGUCUCAACAGAUAAAAGAUGUGUGGAACACUAGACAACAAGGCGAUUCGGCUUUUCGGAACAAAGAUUUUCAAUCUUCUAUUGAAAAAUAUACUCAGUUCAUAGAAACAGGGAUCAUGAUCUCUCCCACUGUUUAUGCAAGAAGAAGUAUUUGUCAUCUCUUCUGUGACCAGGCAGAUGCAGCACUCAGAGAUGCGAUGCAAGCACAGUGCGUUUAUCCGAACUGGCCCACUGCGCUCUAUCUUCAGGCUGUGGCACUUGCAAAGCUGAAUAUGCUUGAAGACUCAGGUACCAUGUUAAAAGAAGCCAAGAUCUUGGAAGACAAGAGGCUCAUAAACUGAAACACAUUGCAUUAUACUUCAAAGUAUUUGUGUUGAAAAAUAGAACAAGAUAUUUAUGUGUAUGCUGAAGAGUAGCUGGAAGACUUAUAUGAACACAAAUCAUCUGUAUAACAGUUUGUAAGGUGUUAAGAUAUUGCUUCACAGUAUUCUCUACCAUUGUAUACUAUGUAGGUUCAAAUAUUUUUAUCCAUUGUAUA